AUGGCCGUUCGCAUACCCAGACUUGACACAAAGAUGCCUCAUCCCCAAGACCGCAAGCACAACCACAUGCUCUUCCACGUUGACCCGACGGACUACCAGCACGACAACUAUUCGCCACAACGUAGUCCCCAGUAUAAACUCUCUAACGAAUCCGCUUCUUCCCUCGCCCAAGGCCACGAUCCUCUUGCCGAUUCGGAAGAUGACGGAAGCUUCGCGGUCAUAUCUCUCAGCGAGGAGGCCACUGCCUCGGGGGCCCUCUCGGAGACCACGGGCUCAGACGACACUGUCGUCGACCAGACCGCCACGAGGAGGGCCGCCGGAACCCCGGCUGUCCUCGGGUCUGCUUUGACCCAGGACAACAUCCAUCUCCACGAUCGGGUGUAUCCCCUCGGUUCUUUGUCGACAUACCAGUGGGUCUGGGGCCAGCCAUGCCUCGGCGGUUUUGAUAUCAAGGACACCUCGUCCAAGGAAAGCAUGAAGGUCCACGUCUCCCGCUCGCGCGUCAGUCAGGCGACUGAGAACCUCGACAGCGAAUAUGGCGUCGUCAACCACCCAUCCGAGGCAUAUGUUGCCUUUGCCGGUGACUGGGCCGAUGUCGCCGCCGACCCUGCCAUGAUGGAAGAACUCGACCGACUAGAGUGA